UCCUUCAUUUUUUCACCUACUACCACAACAUGUCCAUCAAAACAACACACUUCAUUACAACACCUUAACUCUUUCUUUCUCUUACACUUUUCUUGCUGCUUUCUGUCUGAAUUCUUGGAUUCAUAUGACAAACAUCUUCACCCUACAAGAACAUCAUCUUCCAGUGUAUAUUUAGAAUCAGGUUUUAACAACUCUCUGUUGUUACUCGUUCAACUAGGUUAGAAAACUCUGUUCUAGUUCGGUUUAACCCUUUUUACAUGCUUUCUCUCUUGCCGUGAUUGGAAGCUUGUUAUUGUAAUGGAAAAGGUGUUUUGAAUUUUGAAAACUCAUUCAAAAGAGUAGUGGGAAAUUGGAUUAAGUACCCUUGUUGUAGGAUCAUUGAUGAACUAAAAUAUCUAUCUAAAUUCUGCUUGUGUUAUAGUUCAUUGUUCUUGAGCCUUUUUCUGGCAAGUUAUAGAACAAAGUUUGAAGUGGUACCAGCAGGUUAGAAUGAAUUCAUUUGAUCAGAGUCAUCAAACUACCAGCUUCAGGUACAAUCCAAACUCGAACACAAUGAAUCAUGCAGAUGAUGAUGCUGAGUUCUCAGGGAUUCUUGAUAUCUAUGUUCAUCAUGCUAGGAACAUACAUAACAUAUGCAUCUAUGAUAAUCAGGAUGUGUAUGCCAAGUUCUCUCUUACGUACAACCCAGAUGACACUCUCUCCACUAGAAUCAUUAAUGGAGGUGGAGAAAACCCAAUUUUCAAUGAAAACUUGAGGAUGAAGAUUACCCAGAUGGAUGCUGUUCUCAAGUGUGAGAUUUGGAUGUUUAGCAGGUCAAGAAAUCAUUUGGAAGACCAGCUUUUAGGAUUUGCUUUGGUCCAGAUUUCGCAAGUUGUUGGCAAAGGAAAGGUGACUGAAGAUUAUAGUCUUUCCUCCACUGAUCUUUUCCAUUGUCCUGCUGGAACUGUCCAAUUAACAGUGUCUUUGGACACAUGUUUUCCGACCAGUUCCAAGGUGAAUUCUUUAUCACAAUCAGCUACUAAUUCAUCCAUAUCCUCAGAAGUUGUCUUGCUUGAUUCAAAAAUCUCUCAAGAUAUUGCAGACCCAGUUGAGUAUUCAAGAAUUGAAUUUCCAGAUGUAGGUGUUAUGAAGGACAACCAGAAAUUGGUUUCUGAGUACUUCAAUUUGGACUCUUACGGUUCUUCUGCGUCAAGGCCUAAUUCAGUAGGAUUUCUACCAUUUCUUCAACUUGGUGAUUCUCCUCAAGGUAAUGAUUAUGAAAUGACUGUUACAGAUUCAGAUGAGAAUCAUGAGUCCAUUCCUCCAAACGUGAGCACUCAGAAUUCUGUGUUCCCAAGCUCUACUACUACAAGCUUAAGUGAUGAUAGAAACUCAUCUGAUUCAGUUGAGGACAAGAGUAACUUGAGGGGUGAGUCAAGAAAUUCUUUCAAUGUUUCAGUCAAGGUUGAAGGCUAUCAGAACUCUGGUGCUAGUCCAGAUACUCCAACUUCCAAGAAAGAAAGUGGAGCCAGAGAUGAUAAGGAAUCAAAAUUCCCAUCAAGCAAGGAGAAAGAGAUCAAUAGUGAAAGGAAUACAGAACCAGCAAGGUUUGGUCAGGUUUUUUCUGCUCCACUGAGGAACAUCAAUAUGGAGGCUGAGCAAUCAGUUAUGCAGCAGCAAAUAGUUGACAUGUAUAUGAGAAGCAUGCAACAAUUCACAGAGUCUUUGGCAAAAAUGAAGAUCCCAAUGGACCUUGAUAAACCUGAAAGUGAAGGCCAUGGUGACGUGAUUCAAAAUCAUAACAACAGCAAGUUAGAAAUAGAUAAGAAAAUGGAUGGAUCACGUGUAUUUUAUGGUAGCCGAGCUUUUUUCUAGUUAUAUCUUGAAGCAAUGUAUGCUUGACAGAUAAGUAUGACCUUUAAGUAAGGAAGAAAAUCUAUUUAGAGAUCUCAAUCAAUUCAUGAAGAGAUUUCAGUAUCUUAAUAUAUUAGUUUCUGGUUUUUGACACCCCAAAUUCACAGAUCAACUUAUAUCUUGAUGCAACAGCCACAUGAAUAGUUUUCUCAUAGGAAGACACGAGAUUUUAGUUUAUUGUAACAUGGGGUACCCCAUUUUCUCUAAAUUCUUACUUUGAGUUAAUCCUGUGUUGUUUAACCACCCCUUUACAUUCUUCUAUUUCAGUUCAUCACUGUACUGCAUAAAAGUGAUUUCUUUUUCUGUAAUGUAUUAUUCAUAGGAAUGCUUUUGUCAA